AUGUCGUUCCAGGAGGCAUACUUUGCGGCGCCGCCGGUCUCGAGAACUCUGACAGCCGCCGCCGUCCUAAUAUCCGUCCCGGGUCACCUUGGUCUCUAUAGCCUCAUGUGGGUUGUCUUCUUCAAGGACUAUGUCUUCACCAUCCGCCAGCUACCGCAAAUAUGGCGCUGCCUCACAGCAUUCUUGGUGACCGGACCCUCGCUGGGUCUGAUCAUGGACCCAUUCUUCCUCUACCACUACAGCACUCAGCUCGAGAUCGGCUCGCCUCGGUUUAGUCGUCCUGGAUCCUACGUGUUCUAUUUGAUGUUUGUUUCCCUGGUCAUUUUGCUCACUGGUGGCUUCUACCUCGGUGGCGCAGUUUUGCUCAACGCCCUUAGUAUGGCCAUGAUUUAUACCGUUGCGCAAGAGGACCCGAACAGGCAGGUUCAAUUCUUCAUUGUACAAAUGCCCGCCAAGUACUUGCCGUACGCCUCAUUGGCCAUCACCUACCUCAUGGCAGGCCCAUUUCAGUGCAUGAUUCAGGCUACUGGUAUCUUGGCUGCUCAUUUUUACGACUUCCUCGACCGCAUCUGGCCUCAGUUCGGAGGUGGACAGCAGUUGAUCCAGACACCGCAAAUUCUCCAGAAGUGGUUUGCAACGCCUGGUGGAACGCAGCAGAGCCGCGCAUACGGUACAGCGUUCGGCGCUCGUGCCGGUGCACAACCCCAGGCAUCCACGCAGAAUCGGUCAGGUAGCGGCAGCUCCUUCAGCAGUGGCUCCAUCUGGGGAGGUUCUGGUCGGAGACUGGGAGGCGACUAA